AUGGUCCGAAUCAGCGCGUUCGCUGUGGAGCAAUGGAUGGACCUUUACGAAACCAGUGCAAAGCACAAUCUAGCUGAAACGUGCUGCGCAUCCAUCUCACUCAACGACCUGCUAGCCCUAUCCCCAAAAAAGGAUCUCGUAGACUUCACACAGAAGCAAGUCUACGGCGCGAUCCGUGGAUCCGAGGCGUUGAGGACUAACAUCGCGAGCUUGUAUUCCCGAUCUGAAUCUUCUGAAGCGAGCCCCGUCUCUGCAGAUCGAGUUCUCGUCACGAACGGUGCCAUCCAGGCAAAUUUCUUAGCGCUUUAUACUCAUAUCGGGCCGGAUGAUCAUGUUAUUUGUCAGUAUCCGACCUAUCAGCAAUUAUACUCUGUUCCUGAGUCUUUCGGAGCGGAGGUUAGUUUAUGGCGGUCGGAUGAGGGAACUGGAUGGGGCAUGGAUUUGGGGAAGUUGAGAUCUUUGAUUAGACCGAACACGAGGAUGAUCAUUUUGAAUAAUCCACAGAAUCCCACUGGGGCGAUUCUUCGUCGUGAUGAAUUGCAAAGAAUCGUUGCUGUGGCACGUGAGCAUGGUAUCUUGAUUCAUUCUGAUGAGGUAUACCGACCUCUGUUCCAUUCUCUUGACUUGAGUCAAGAAGCUCCCCCGUCAAUCCUUGAAUUUGGGUAUGAAAAUGUCAUUGCAACCGGUUCAAUGUCCAAAGCUUUCAGCUUGGCCGGGAUCCGAUUGGGGUGGAUUGCCUCGCCGAAUCCUGAGAUUAUCGAAGCCUGUGCCUCUGCUCGUGAUUACACCCUUAUCUCGGUUGGUCAAAUCGAUGAUAGUGUGGCAGCUCAUGCUUUAUCCAUCCCAUGCGUGGAUAACUUGCUGCAGCGCAAUCUUUGCCUGUCUCGGCAGAACCUCGAGAUCCUCGAGGCAUUCAUCGAAGAGCAUAGUUGGGCUAUGAAAUGGACAAAGCCUAAAGCCGGAACGACUGCGUUUAUCAAAUUUGUUGACAGGGAAGGGCGGGCAAUUAACGAUGUCGUGUUUUGUCAGCGACUUCAGGAAAUGACCGGGGUGAUGCUGGUACCUGGAAGCCAGUGCUUCGGGGGUGGGGUGGACUUCCGCGGAUAUGUGAGACUGGGCUACGUUCAGGAUAACCGGGUGAUAGUUGAUGGAUUAAACACUUUGAGACAGUUCAUGUAUGAUGAGUAUGACAAGCUGCCACUGGCCUGCUGA